AUGGACUCAGUAAAUGUCUCCUUGGUGACUGAAUUCAUCCUGGUAGGAUUAACAGACCAGCCUGAACUCCAAAUGCCCUUGUUCUUUGUGUUUCUGACAAUGUAUGUGGUCACUGCAUUGGGAAAUUUGUGUUUGAUCAUUCUAACUGUGGUGAAUUCUAACCUCCACACUCCUAUGUAUUUCUUUCUCUUUAACUUGUCCUUUGUAGACCUUUUUUAUUGUUCUGUGUUUACUCUCCAAAUGCUGAUGAACUUUAUAUUAAGGAAGAAAGUAAUUUCUUAUAUGGAAUGUAUGACCCAAGUUUUCUUCUUUUCCUUCUUUGUUGUUUCUGAGUGUUAUGUGUUGACUUCAAUGGCCUAUGAUUGCUACAUGGCCAUAUGUAAUCCACUGUUGUAUAAUGUUGUUAUGUCUCCUAAAUUAUGUUUGAAUCUCAUGCUUGGUUGCUACUUUAUUGCAUUUUCCAAUGCUGUAGCUCACACUGUAUGCAUGCUGAGACUGACCUUCUGUGAUGGCAACACCAUCAACCACUACUUCUGUGAUAUUCCUCCUUUGCUCCAGCUCUCCUGCACAAGCACCUAUGUCAACAAACUCGUAAUUUUUGUUCUUGGGGGCAUCAGCAUCAUUGUUCCUAAUUCAACUAUCUUUGUCUCCUAUGGUUUUAUCCUUUCCAGCAUCUUCCACAUCAGUUCCUCUGAGGGCAGGUCCAAAGCCUUUAGCACCUGCAGCUCCCAUGUCUUUGCUGUUUUUCUGUUCUUUGGUUCAGGUGCAUUUGUGUAUUUCAAACCCUCCUCAGCUGGGUCUAUGAAUGAAGCAAAAAUCUCUUCUGUCACUUACACGAAUGUUGUUCCUAUGUUGAAUCCCUUAGUAUACAGCUUGAGAAACAAAGAUAUUAAAUUUGCCCUUAGGAAAACCCUGAGCAGCUGGAAAUUUUGA